CAACAUGCAAAAUUUUACAUCUCUCAUUUAUAUGAAUCGAUACAAAUUACUGUGGAUGACUACAUGGGCAGUAAAGGAGGAAACAAAAAAGCAGUUGAUAAUUUGGAGAAAAUUUCUUACUCAACAGCCAAGUUUUGUGACAUGAAUGACAUGGGAGACGAUUUAAUUGCAACUAAACAGCAGAACAAAGUUGAAAAUGUCCCCUCUACUUGCUCCUUAAGAACUCAUGUGACAGGAUUCCGGCAUAAGUUAACGGGAACUAUUUACCGUAAUAAAGCAUCACAAACUAGACCCCCUGCUUGGAAAUAUGGCCUGGUUGAAAGAUUCAAUCGAGAAUCCCAAACCAUUACUGUGUGUGACCAAGUACAACAAACACCUGUAGACGCUUGCACACAAGUUUCUGUUCGAAACAUUUUUAUUCAAACUACUGGUGACAAAAUCUUAUAUGCAAGAAGAAAUUAUAAAAAUUCCAAUGUCAUUGAAGAAGAAUACUUAAAAAGGGUAGUAAUGGUUCAAAACUAUGUCAGAUGUUGGCUUGCUCGACGUGAAUUAGAAAGAAGAAAGAAAAUCGAUUCACUAAAACAAUUAUGGGAAAAAAAGCAAGAAAGAUUGAAAAGCAAUAAAGAAAACAAUUGGUGGAAAGAGUUAGAGAAAAGAAAGCUUAAUCCUGUUGAUGAUGAAGAUUUUGCAUUACUUUUCAAAGAAGUGCAAAAAUGGUGGAAUUCAGAAGCAGAAGAUAUUUCAAAGACAAGAACAGGAGCAGAUUUAAAAGCAGCUAUGUUGAUGUUACUUGAUGCGGAGACUAAAAAGAUAGAGGAAAUUAAUCGAAAAAAGAUUCUUGCAAAAAAUACCAAGUAUUCUGAGAUAAAGCAGAAACUUUUAACAAUCGUAGCUAAGCCUAAGAUAUGGAGAACUUAUAACAGUGCAGUACAAGUUGAAACAGAUGCAACACAGAGGGGAAAAGUGCUGCAUAACUUGCAUUUAAGUUUGUCAAUGAAAUGUAUAUCCGCUCAAGAUCGUAUCAGCGCAUUGCUUAGCUUAGUAGAAUUAAUCAAGCCAUACAAGAGUAAGUUGACAAGUACCUUGACACAGUUGGCCAACAGAGAAGUUGAUUUGCUUUUAAGAGGCACCAAAGAAGAAUUCUUAGGAGGCUUACGGACCAGGAUACAAGAUCUGUUCUGGCAAUAUGCUAAACAGCCAAUAAUUAACCCUGAGAUGCAAAGAUUCUUAAAAGUGAAAGAAACUGAUGGAAAACCUCCUAAUAUUCUUUGUUGUGCAGCAUGUAAACAGUUUUAUGUUUUACCAUUGAAUGCAACUGAUGAUUUAUUAGGAAAAAGUGUUUUACAAAAUUGCUUUGCAAAAUGUAAAAAGUGCUUAUACCUAGAAAAUGAAGGCUGGAUAAGAAAAGAUUUCAAAUUAUAUCAAAGGAUUUUAACAUUUUUAAUUGAUGCAGAAGAAGAAAAAGGAUCAGCGUCUCCAAUUAUUUAUAUUUUACAAACUCAUGAUAUUGGUCAUUUGGUGGAAAAAAUAUGGCGACGUCAAAGUUGUUUAAGUGGUUAUGCAGAUGAGAGCCAGCUCCAAUUAGUUCGGUACAAUUCAGGAAAAAAGUGGACGCCAUGGAACUGUAUGCUAGUUACUAAUCAAGAGGCUUUGAUUAUAGACAAGAUACCUUUCUCAAAAACAAAUUAUGACCAAAGUUUUAAGACAAAUAUUGCACAGAGGCAUGCAGCAGCAAGAAGUUAUUUUGCAAGCAUUCCCAGAUUUUUGCCAUUCAUUUUUAAAUCUGAAUUUGACACAAAACAAUCUCUAAAUAUCUGAAAUAAUUCAUCAAAAUGAAAAAAAUCCUUCAUGAUUCCAUUUUUAUUCAUUUAUUUGUUAUGUUUUUUUCCAU